AAUUAUUGCAGAGUUAACAUCAUACAGCAGUAACUUUAGUGUGAAUUCUGAAAAGAACAUUUUGUUUAAGUUUAAAAAAAGAUUAUUAAAUUAUUAAAAAAUAAAUAAAAUACCAAAGAUGUAUUCAAAAGUAGCUGUAGAACUUCUCGUAAUCCUCGCUGUCUCAUCUGCUGUGUUUGGAGCUUCAGUACCUAAGAAAGCAGAGGAUAAUCAAGUGGGCAAAGAUUUAAGCAUCAUCCAAAAAGUUUAUGACGAUUGUGAAAACAAGGAAGACUUUACAGGAUGUCUGAAAGGAAAAGCUCUUACUGCCAUCUCACGUGCUGUUGAACAAGAUUCCAUUCAGCUCCUCGAUGGAAUCAACCUCGUUAAAGCCGAACAUCCAGUUGAUGAUGAUACUCCAGUCAUUGCUGAUGCCCGUGCUUUAAGUGGAUUAAGUGGACUCGAUAAAGCUUUAGUUCAAACCGUCGACAAGUUCUUACGCACACACACAGUCAAGGUUGACUUAUCAGAAGCCAGAGGCAAGGGAAAGAAGCACUAUCGUUACAUUAUUGCUGCUAUGAUGACUGCUAUGGGAAUUGCUGGUCCAUUGGGUUUGAAAGCCUUGGCUGCAAUUGCUGGAAAAGCUUUAGUCAUCAGUAAAGUUGCAUUGACAAUCGCCGGUAUCAUCGCUCUUAAGAAAAUCUUCUCAAGUGAUCAUCAUGAAGAAACAAGCUUCCAAGUCCAUGCUGGAGACCACAACAGACGUAAUGCCUACUUGAAGAAGGGACAGUACUAUGCUGAUCCAUACAGAUAUUACUACGAUCAACAACUCAACCAAAACCAAAACUAAGUUAAUAAGCAAGCAUGAACAACUUCCUCAACCUCAUUUUUCAUCUUGAUGAAAAUCUUAAUUAAGACAAAAACAUAAUUCUUCUACUCGACCGUAAACUGCAGAUUAUUCCUAAUGUUUGGCAUAUAAAUUUUUCUUAUACGCAUUCAUUUUGGAUCUACUGACCAUUUCGAGUGAGAAAUUAAAGGAAGAUAGGCAAAAGAAAAGAAAAAUUUGGCAAAAGACUCCGCUUUUUAAAAAAUACUGUAAAAUGGAUUUAAUUUAUUGAAAUAAUAAAAACAAGAAAAUUAUUUAUUAAUAUUUGAGGCUUAAAAAUGAA